AUGAGCGCGAAAGGGAAAGCGGAUCAAACUCAACCACUAAAGGAUGACAAUGACGCUGAUGCGGAUAAUGAAGGAAAAGGACUCGAAAGGUCGAUGACUCUGUUCAACGGAGUGUCAAUUAUUGUUGGAUGUAUUAUAGGAUCUGGAAUAUUCAUUAGUCCUACAGGAAUCCAAGCGCAGGCUGGAUCUGUUGGGCUUUCUCUUAUUGUUUGGGUUUUGUCUGGUCUGUUUGCCACGCUUGGAGCCUAUUGUUACGCUGAAUUGGGAACAUUGAUUAGAAGAUCUGGAGGAGAUUAUGCCUACAUUAUGGAUGCUUUUGGUCCUUUCCUUGCUUUCAUUCGUCUGUGGAUUGAAGCUAUUGUUGUCAGACCAUGCACUGCCACAAUUGUUGCUCUUACAUUUGCUCUCUACAUGUUGAAACCUAUCUUCCCACAUUGCGACCCGCCAGCCGGAUCAACCGAACUUCUCGCCGCUAUUUUAUUAAUUCUUCUCACCGCAAUCAACUGCAUUUCGGUCAAAUGGUCUACUAAGGUGCAAGAUUUCUUCUUUGUUGCUAAAGUUGCCGCUCUCAUCUUGAUUAUUGGAACAGGAAUUUUGCACUUGCUUAGUGGAAAACCGCAAUACUUCGAUUCGUUCGAGAAUAUAUUUGAGAAUACGGCGAAUGAUUUCCAAACAGCAUCGCUUGCAUUCUAUUCGGGGUUGUUUGCUUACCAAGGAUGGAACUAUCUCAAUUUCAUAGUUGAAGAACUCGAAAAUCCAAAGAGAAAUCUGCCCUUGGCGAUUGGAAUAUCUUGCUCUCUUUGCACAAUUAUUUACACUUUAACUAAUGUUGCCCUGUACACCUCAAUUUCUCCAGAUGAAAUGUUGGCGAGUCCCGCUGUUGCAGUUCUUUUCGCUGAGAAGAACUAUGGAUACUUUGCCAUCUGCAUGCCCUUCUUCGUUGCCUGCUCUACUAUUGGUUCAGCUAAUGGAGUAAUCCUCACCAGUUCAAGAUUGUUCUACUGCGGUGCUAGAGAAGGUCAGAUGCCAAACGUCUUAACAAUGAUCAACAAAAGCACUAAGACACCGAUUCCAGCCGUUGUCCUGACGGGAGUUUUGUCGCUAUUUUAUCUUCUUCUCUCGAACAACAUUUAUUCUUUGAUCAACUACAUUCAAGUCAGUUACUGGCUCGCCAUUGGAGGUGCGAUUGCGGCUCUUUUCUACUUCCGACGCACAAUGCCAGAUGCACCAAGAGCAAUUAAGGUCCCGCUGUUUAUGCCGAUUGUCUUCUUUAUUGGAUGCAUUGCACUCGUUUUGGUUCCCGUUCUUGGAGCACCUACUGACACUGCCAUUGGGUUGCUCAUUAUGCUUUCUGGUGUCCCAGUAUAUCUCAUCUUCAUUGCUUGGAAAGGAAAACCAAAGUUCUUCGACAGCAUAAUUAAAUCGAUCACGCUCUUCACUCAAAAGUUAUUUAUGGUUGUUGACGAUACCAAGGAAGCUUAA